UGUUUUGAUUGGCUGAGGGUGGAGUUUGUAUGUGCUGGUUUAGCGCCACGGCCGGCUGCGGCUGAUCUGAGUUUGCGGCGUCUGGUGGGCUCACGCGGUUCAAUCUCGAAAAUACCUGUUGUGAACCAACUCUAGGUGCUAGGCGCCGCAUGAAUUGGAAACACAUUGACUUGUGUAGGAGGAUGCCCUGCGAGUGUUCACCAAGGCGGAGAAGUCUUGCUCAAAGAGCUGCAGGAAGACACAGCCUUGGCUAAGGUAGUAUUAGAGCAGCAGGUUCUGGAGGGACAGACGCAGAGCUGGCCUCACCUUCGUGCUGUGUGUUAAGGAAAACUCAUCAGGAUCUUUGCUUCUGGAAGGCUGUGUAAAUGCAGUCAGUGUCCUGAUGUCUCGGGAGACAGAUGUGGAGUGUCUGCAGUCCCGUGGCAGUGGUGCCUGCUCACAAUCCCAAGGUGGCUUCUCACAAUCCCACGGCCUCUCCUCACAGUCCCAGAGCACGUCCGGCCCCUCCACCAGCACAGUGCCCACGUCUAGCCAGUCCUCUCACUCCAGCUCAGGGACACUGAGCUCCUUAGACACAGUGUCCACUCAGGAACUCUGUUCUAUUCCCGAGGACCAAGAACCUGAAGAGCCCAGUCCUGCCCCUUGGGCUCGAUUAUGGGCCCUUCAGGAUGGAUUCCCCAGUCUUGAGUGUGUGAAUGACAGCUACUGGUUUGGGAGAGAUAGAAGCUGUGAAUAUUGCUUUGAUGGACCACUGCUGAAAAGAACGGAUAAAUACCGGACUUACAGCAAGAAACACUUCCGGAUUUUCAGAGAAAUGGGUCCUAAACACACUUACAUCGCAUACAUAGAAGAUCACAGUGGGAAUGGAACCUUUGUAAAUAGAGAGCUUGUAGGGAAAGGAAGACGCCUUCCUUUGAGUAACAAUUCUGAAAUUGCACUUUCAGUAUGGAGUAAUAAAGUUUUUGUAUUUUUUGAUCUGACUGUAGAUGAUCAGUCAGUUUAUCCUAAGGAGUUAAGAGACGAAUACAUCAUGUCAAAAACUCUUGGAAGUGGUGCCUGUGGUGAAGUGAAGCUAGCUUUUGAGAGGAAAACAUGUAAGAAAGUAGCCAUAAAAAUCAUCAGCAAAAGGAAGUUUGCUAUUGGCUCUGAGACAGAGGCCGAUCCAGUUCUCAAUGUUGAAACAGAAAUAGAAAUUUUGAAAAAACUAAAUCAUCCAUGUAUCAUCAAGAUUAAAGACUUUUUUGAUGCUGAAGAUUAUUAUAUUGUUUUGGAAUUGAUGGAAGGAGGAGAGCUGUUUGACAGGGUGGUGGGGAAGAAACGCCUCCAAGAAGCUACGUGCAAACUCUAUUUUUACCAGAUGCUACUGGCUGUACAGUAUCUUCACGAAAAUGGCAUUAUACAUCGGGACUUAAAGCCCGAGAACGUUCUGCUCUCAUCUCAAAAAGAGGACUGUCUUAUCAAGAUUACUGAUUUUGGGCAGUCCAAGAUUUUGGGGGAGACCUCUCUCAUGAGAACCUUAUGUGGUACCCCCACCUACCUGGCUCCUGAGGUCCUUCAUUCCUUUGGGACUGCUGGAUAUGAUCGUGCUGUGGACUGCUGGAGUUUAGGAGUUAUUCUGUUUGUUUGCCUUAGUGGGUAUCCACCUUUCUCUGAGAAUAAGACUCAAGUGUCACUGAAGGAUCAGAUCACCAGUGGAAAAUACAACUUCAUUCCCGAAGUCUGGGCAAAGGUCUCAGAGGAGGCUCUGGACCUCAUCAAGAAGUUGUUGAUAGUGGAUCCAAAGGCACGUUUUACAACAGAAGAAGCUUUAAGACACCCAUGGCUUCAGGAUGAGGACAUGAAAAGAAAAUUUCAGAAGUUGGUUUUUGAAGAGAAUAAGUUGACGGCUCUAUCCCAGGUCCCCACCCAGCCUUCCAUGGGUCAAAAGCGGCUUCUCGAAGGGGAAGCAGAGGAUGCCGGCACCACAAAGCGCCUGGCCGUGUGUGCUGCUGUCUCGUGAACGCUGGGUGAACGUGAAGAAAUGUACCUUCUUGAACUCUACUGCCAUUUUCUUUCAAUCUGCUUUUUUAUAGCUUGUAUUUUAAUUACAGGAACAUUUGCUUUUCCGCAAUUGUCCAUACACAAUUCAAAACCUAAUGAAACUUGGGCUUGAUGCUUACCAGCCCUUCAGUUCCAUGCCUCUUUGUGUGUGUGUGUUUGGAGUUGUGUGCCUUUUGUGUGGCACUCUACCUUCACUGUAACCAGGCAGGUUUUUGAGGAUUUAUCCCUGGUGCAGCCUGGGUGAGCUGCAUACAAAUUCUAAAGGCUCCUUAGAAAGUUGCAGGGAAAGGGGCAUAUACAGUGCGGCUGAGGUGGAGUUUGUAGAGUCAGGGUGGCUGCCAAAGUCCUCAUGAGAUGGUAGGUAUCUCAGUGUGUUUUAAAUUCUCAUCCUCACCCUCAUAAAGAUACCAGUCCACAGUCCCUGAAACCAUGGGGCCAGAGAAGUUGUAAAAUUCAAAAGUUGCCUGAUUUUAGGAAGGAACAAGGCACCUCUGACUGUAUAACAUGUAACAGCAGAAUCCUAUGGCCAAACCCUUUGGUAUUUCUGCAGCAGAUAUUCACAGUAAAGACUAAGUCCCAUGGCAGUUCAGGUCAGUCUUUUCUGCCCAGUGAGGUAUGGAUGACUCAAGUUUCUGAGCUCUUUGGACAUUGGGACUGCAGAGAAGGCAAGGGCAUGUCCUCUUGACCCAACAAUAACCAAGGAGGCCCUAUGGAAAGCCCCUCCCUCGGUCUUGUCUAGUUUUUGCAAUGAUUCUGUGGGCUAGGUCCUCUGACCACCCUCAUGUCAUAGGUAAGGAACCCAGGCUGAAGGAGUAAGGUGACUUGUCCAGUGUCAUACAGCCAGUAAGUGACAGAGCUGGGAUGCAACCUAGGUCUUUCUGACCCUAAAACUAAUGUUCCUCACUUCAGUCCCAUAUUCAGACUCAGGGAUGUUGACUCAUACAAAACUCAUAAAAGCCUGAAGGCUAAAUCUUCAA